AUGAAAGACGUCACGGAUGUUAGUCCUCUAGAAACCUUUAUCUCGGCAUGUUUUAUCAUUAUAGGAUUUACUCUGACUUCAUACUCAUUCACUCGAGGCGUAUUAAUGAAUAAAAUCAGAAUAAGUGGAAGAAAUUCCAAAGCUUAUUGGCUUCUAAUUCCCAUAAAUAUUGCGUUAUUAAUCAAUGAAAUAUUGCUUCCAUUAUUAUUGGUUGCAAGCUCACGCUGUUCAAGCAUUUCAGAAAGGAAUAUUUCAGAUUGCAUUCCUGUGAAUGUAGUAAACGUUAAUAAUUGUUCUGAACAUUCUUUUGUACAAUUAUAUUCUUGGAUAUAUCCAAUUAUUCAAUUUUUUUACAUAAUGUCAAAGCCACUCCUACUGCAUCUUGCUUAUUUACUACUUUCAGUAGUUUUUAGAGAUAUUAGACAAAUUGUCUUUUAUAGUUUUCACAAUUUCAUUCUUAUAAUUCGUUUCUUAGAAUUGAUUUUUAUUUUCAUAAUCAGCAUCAUUCAAAGUACUGCUUGUCAAGAAUCUUAUUGUAGUUCUAUUUGCUUUGGCAUGCCUACUAUCUAUAAGGAGAAAGGCGCUGAAGGCAAUGAUGAAAAAUUAAGUAAUAUUAGUCAUCAAUCUACUCUACUUAUUAUUGAUAUAGUACAACUCACAGCAAUGUGUGUUUACCGAAUAGUUGGAAUUGUGAUCUUUGACUUACCAACUUACACUUUUGCCGACAUUGCAAGUACGGCAUACAACAUCUUUGUGAUGACUACAACAGC